UUGCCGGGGUUGAAACGUAAACAAUCAAAAAUUCUGUGGCUAUGUUUUUUUUGUUAAAAAACAUAUUCGGCCAACAAUCGUAACAAAAUCCACAGCAUGUAAAUUCUAGUAAAACGCCGGCAACGCAGUAAAUGAAGAGUUCCAAUUGAGUCAGCAGCAGCCAAGAGCGCGGGAAUCGAGGCCUGAGCCUCCGGAGCAGAGUCACACCAUGUUCAAACUGGAGUCCUACAUCACUCCCAUUCUGCUGAGCUACGUGGCCAAGUACGUGAAGAACUUUCGCGACGAGGAUGCCCAGGUGUCGCUGUGGGAGGGCGAGGUGGCCUUCCAGAACCUGGACCUGCGCCUGGAGGUGCUCGAGGAGGAGCUCAAUCUCCCCGUGGAGCUGGUUUCCGGCCACAUCCACGAACUGAGCAUACAGGUGCCCUGGACGAAGCUAAUGUCCGAGCCGGUGAAGAUCGUCAUUAACACCAUCGAGUUCGUGGCCAAGUUGCCGGAUAGCGAGAGCAAGCAGCGCCGGGCCUCCUUUCAGCAGGAGCAGCGAAGGAAUUCCAAGCGAGCCUCCGUGGAGCAGCCGGAUCAGCAGCAGCAGCCCAAGAGCCCCGGAGCGGCUAGCUCCUCCAGCGUGGUCAACAAGAUCAUCAACAAUAUCAGCCUGCAGUGCCACAACAUCAUCUUGAAGUAUGUGGAGGACGACAUCGUGGUCUCCAUGAAUGUGCAGACCCUGAACUUCAGCUCUGCCGGCGAGAACUGGAAGCCCACCAUGGUGGACAUCCACCCGGUGUCCGUGGUCAUGCGCAAGUUACUUCAGGUCUCCGAUCUGACCAUCUGCCUGGAUAAGCGGAACACGGCUGGCAGGAUUGAAGUGUGUCAGGAGCCGGUGCUCUACCGCUGCACUCUGGAGUGUCGGGUGCUCCGAAAGUACAACGCCAAUACUGUGAGCACUUCGAGCACCACACGCAUAGGAGUCUUCACCAAGGCCCUGGACAUCAAUGUGUCAUCUCUGCAAUUCCCCAUGGUAAUGAGACUGGUGAAAAUGCUGAUUGAACUAAAGCCAGCCGCGAGCGAGGAGGAUCGCCAGAAUCUGGAGGAGGGGGAGGCAGUAGCCGAGGGCAACGAGGCGCAGGACGGCGCGGAACCCACUGGUCAAAGCGUGUUUUGGUGGGCGUGGAACCUGUUGCCCAGCUUCGAUCCCCAGGCUCCCUCCUCUUCCUGUGAUGCUCCUGUCGGUCACGCCUUCGAUUUGGGCAUAUACGCCGAGGAGCUGAAUUUCCAGUUCAAAAACUCUGAGUACUUCACCGACCAGAGCAUGGGUGGCAUCAAGCGGAUACGCUAUACCCAUCUGCGGAUCAGUCUAGGCGGACUCUAUUACGAACGGACGCUGCUAAAGGAGUGCGAUUGGGCCAACGUGAAAGCGGGCCUUUCCAGCAUGUGCAUGGAGCCAUUGGGCGCUUACCGCAGCGAAGAUCCCGUAGACCGCAAUCUGGUAAAUACCCAGGAAUUCCAGGAAGAGCGCUCCUUCAUCGACAAGAGUCUGUUUGACGAGAACUACAUGUUUGCGGAUCGCUCCUGGUGCAGCUACAACUACGAGGACUACGUGGCCAGGAACACGGAUGAGUAUAUGCUGUACCGCAGUCCUGUACUGGCCUUUGAUAUUAUCGAGCACCGGGUGCCUAGGCCAACCAGCCAUCCGGUGGCGGAGAGCCAGCUGAGAGACCUGGGACUUCGCAUCCAGUAUCGCCUCCUGUCCGCCGGAAUCACCUUCCACUUUUCACAGUCAUUUGCGCAGGUUAAAAAUGUAAUUAGCGAUUUAAUUCGUCCUUACGAUUACCCGGGAUAUCAUUCAGAAUCGGUAAAAGCUGAGGAUCGCAGUGCGCCCGAGCCGGAGAACAGGAAUGCCGAUAUGACCAUACCGGAUUUGGAGUAUCUGAUGGGACUCGUGCCCACGUGCAACUACAAAAUUGAGUUGCGGAAUAUAGUGCUCCAGUUGUAUCCCCGCCAGCAGCAAGAAGAAUAUUCUGCAAUCAAUCAACACCAGCUGACAACCACAGUCAAGCAAUCCCUCUUGCCAUAUCUGCAGCUGAAGAUCUCUCUAGUCGAGGGCACAAUGUGUGGUCCAGUAAACCCCCUUCGCCUGGUCCAACUGAUCACUCAUCUGCAGGAUAAACCUCGGGAGGUGGUCAAUGCCUGCUACAACUGCUAUAACUUCAACAUAAAGAACUUGGCGCUGAUGAUUCUUAACACAACACCGGAUAAUGACCGGGCCAAGCUUUUGAACAUUCCACGGAUGCAAGUAAACUGGAACCGCCUGCUGGCACCUCAACUCUGGCGUCAGAACGAAGCGGCUCUAGAGACGUCCGAAAUCAAGUCGGAGAUCAUAACAUUAGAGUUCUCUAAGCGUGAGCUGAUCAUCGCCAAGCGUUUACUACCGCUGAUCUCGAGUUUUAAUGGUCCGGAUCUCUGCGAUCUGGCCCACAUUGUAGCCCAUGCCCACGCCCAUUCGGAUGUAAUCAAACUGCAAAGCGUGGGCACCAAACUGGGGCUGAGUUACCACAAGUACCACACCCAUUUGGCUGCCGUGGGCUCACUCCAAGGUAUUCACACCGAUGCCGUCCACACCAAGAUGAAUGUACGAAAUGUAGUGCUGUCUACAUCGAAGAACGCGAACAAUAAGUGGUUGGAGGUGCAGCUUCAAUUCCCCCUGGAGGAGGCCAAUGCGAAGCUAGAAAAGAUACCCGGCACAGUAAUGUGCCUUUGGCUGGAACCAUUUCGCAUCACCACGGACAUCUAUCUGCUGCAGUUUCUAAACUUUUCGGAUCUUAGUGGAAAGAAAAAAUCAAAAGAGAAGGAAUUAGAAACGGAAUCCGAGUCCGAGCCACCUCUUACCCAAUCUGUUUCGAAUUAUUCCACUAUUUCCGCCUCUGCGAUGGCCUUGAAUGAUUAUCAACCACGUCGAAUCAGCAGAAACAAUAGUCGAAAGAUCUCGGUUCCCGAGGAGACAGUGCAUUUGAGCUCAGAACGGGAUGAAAGACACACCCAGGUAGAGCCUGUAAACAUACCCGUAUCCAUUAAGCCUCAGCCAAGUAGUUUCGACGCCUCGGAUCUCGUGAAACGGCUGACCAACAUGGUGGUUCUGGUGGAGAUUGCUCAGGCCAAGAUUGAUGUAUGCGAGGUAAUGAUGCGGAAAUCCCCUGCGGAGACGGAUGUAGAGUAUACAUCCAUUCGACUGCCCCACAUGAAAGUAAAAUCAGGCAACUGCGAGGCUAUUCAGCAAGGAAACAUCAGAGCAGUUAUUCCGGUGGCCAACAACACGGAGCUUUUCAACUGGGUCUUAGACCUAAGCGAGUUUAGUGUGUGCUACCGCAAAGCUGAUGUCACAGAGAUGAUUGUGGCUCCAGUUAGGACCACUAUUACUUUGGCCCUAUCUCACAAAAUAUCCGAAAAAGUCGACGCAAGAAAAGUCGGAGGAGCAAACGAUCAGGAGAAGAAAGCAAAGUCUCCGGACUCGACUGAGCAAAAUACUUACUCAAUAAAUGUGCAUGUGGACAUGUCGGCCAUCAAUAUAUUUGCUCAGAGGGUGAAAUUGUUACAUGAGCACUACUUGAUUCUUUCCAAGAUGUACUAUUCGAUGAACCCGGACGAACCUCCUUCUAAAUGGCAGACAGCUAAACUAAAGCCCCGACUGGAAGUCUACACAGGCAGUGCACAAAACUAUCCAGCGAUAAAGGAGUUUCUGGAGCUAGAUCCCAACUUCGAAGCACCCCAAGUGAAAAGUGCUCCCAAAAACUCUAUUGUGUUUUUCUGUCAAUGGACUAUUCCUCGAAUCAGCUUUGAAAUGGAAAACUCCAACGACUCGCAGCACAGUAAAAUCGUCAUGGUUCUGGAGGAUUUACUAUUGAAUAUUGAUAAGCACAGUGACUUUACCAAGAUCACCACCAAAAUAGAAAACUUUGGCCUUAACUACUACGAGGAGAAGCAUCAAGAAUGGGAAAAGAUUGAAGACUUUCACAUAAAAAUGUUGGGCGAUAGCACAAAUUUACCCUUAAUCAGUGUGGUGAUAACCACUGUCAGUCUUCAGGAUCUAUAUGCAAAGAUUGGGGCGAGAAAUCCGCACAACAAACAGCACACCAUCUCCGAGGUGCUGAUCGAGGUGCAACCGAUUGAAAUGGUGUUGAGCUUGGACCAAAUAACCGAGUUUAUGGUUCCCAUAUGCGAGGUUCUGGAAAUUUUGGGAAGUUCCGAAUCCGCACAGCCUGUAAACACACCCUGUGCACCAGCUACCAGCCAGAUAACAACGGUUCAAGAUCUGCCAAUGGUGCACCUAAACAGCAAGGGAAUCUAUGUCUAUCUUCCUCUAUCUACAGGCAGAAAGAGUUGCAGUGUCUUGCUGCUAAGAAUAGAGGGCAUUCAGCUAACACCGAGUCUAGAAAAUCCCCUAGUGCGUCAGCUUGUGCGUCCGGAUGUCUACCAAAAAGCAGCGGAGCUCAACAUGCUUAGUACGCCGGGAGCCCUGGUAGAGGAUCGUCAGUAUGAGCUCAGUGUUAGGAAGGUAUCCCUGUCCACCGGUAACUGGAAGCAAACCCAGAAGUAUCGCAUUGAGAAGAGUUUGGCGAGCAAGCAUGACAAUCCCGCCUUCGAGUGGAACAACCAAAGUCAAUCCACUGAACUGGAUCACAUGCAGAUAUUUAAAGACUUUGACUUCAUUAUGAUAUAUGCACCGGCAAUAAGCUACGAUCGCUUUCUGGUCUGCGGGCAAAGUGUGGAGUACAAUUGCGUCACCGAUUUUGUGGCUUCCUUGAACACACACCAAAUCAGCUUGAUUAGCUGCAUCAUUGUGCGCCUACAGCGACUAAGCUGCAUAAUCGAUCAGGUCUGUGUGAAGAAUGCAGAGAUGCCAAAAGUCACAUCGCACAAAAUACUGGGAGAAGUAUCAAAAUACAGCAGCGUGGACAACUCGAUGUACUUUCCCCAUGAUCCCAAUGCUGUCAAAACAUGUCAGGAAAAUCUGAGUAGGAAACCAUCUAAAAAGCAGCUGACUGAAAAAUUACGAAAAACGAGUCCAAACUCGAGUUAUGCGGACGCAAGAGGUAGUAGUGACUUCUUUUACGGAUCCUGCCAAAGUGACUCCGGAAUCCACCUGGGCAGUCGUAUGAAAGGAAACCCAAGAUCGCUUGGGUCGGAGGAGAUUUAUCGCAGUGGACGUCAACCGAGUGUCUUGAGUUAUCCGCAAAGCGUAUCCUUUGUAGCCGGCACAUUCGUACUAAAAAUCUACAAUGUCCUGGAGUUGGAGGAGCUGGAAAGGCCCGUUAUGAAACCACUCUUUCUGAUUACCGUAUCCCAGCCCAGCUUCAUGUCCACUCAGAAUAUCAAGGCAACCAUAACACAAGCCUCAAUUUUCAAUAUAAACAUAAGCGUUGCGACUGUUGAGGCUGAAGAUAGAGAACAUUUGGAACAGUUUAACGAAUCUGUAUUUGAUACAUUACCUGGCCAACUUGGAAGCUCUGGGAUUCCACCUCCCCUGCUCACGAUUAAGACCCAGUAUGACCGCCUCCAGCAGAAGGAAGUCGAUGUGGAGCUAAGGAAACCCAUCCUGUUGAGAAUAUGUGAGAGCAGCAUCAAGCAAUUGGCCACUGAUGUGAUCCGUAUCUACACGGUGCUCCACGAGACUCCCUGCUUCGCGGUUCGUAACCAGCGACCUGUGCCCGAAGGAUCUCAACUGCGCCAGAUGAAGACGAAUUGCUACAAUGCGGAUCGGUUGCACUUAUCCUGCGAUCGGAUAACUGUCAAGUUCUACGAUGAGGAAAGGACCUACAAGUGCAGCUUCGUUUGGCUCGAUCUUAGCACCCGCAUUAAGUUCAGUACUCGUCCUCAAAAGGCCGUUAUAAGGUCCAAUCUUGGAUCCUUCUAUGUGCAGUCUGGAGGGAAGAUGCUGCUCCAUCCCUUGCUCAUGCGUUUGUCGGUGGACUUGGUCAGUGAGCCGUGGUGUGAUGAUCUGCUGAUUACCACGCUCAAGCUAAAUUACCUGCACGUUGACGCGGGGGUUCUGAGCAUUCUGCAGCUACAAAAGGCGCGGGAUGGAAUGAAUCGGGUACGUGAACACGCUGACCAGGAGUGGCAGCAGUUUCUGCACCAUCGUCCCGUGUUGGGCACUCCUGAAGUCUCUCCGUAUGACCUGAUUAAAUGUACUCCCUCGCACGAAUCGAUAGAGCGGCUGAAACGUCCCUUGAAAUCAAAUGCGGAAUUUUACCAGGAUGACUUAGGUACGGGCGCCUUUCAGUUCGUGUUAAACUCCGAGUCCGUACUGCCCAUGCCCUACCAGGUGCAGAUCAUCAAGAAAAACUAUGGCAUCAUCUGCUGGCGGUAUCCGCAGCCACGCCAGAUGACGAGCAUACACAUAUAUCCGGUGCCAAUGCCAGUUAGCAGACCCAUACAUAUCAGGUGUCGCAUGGAGUACUUUAGUGAAAACCACGAAACAUUCCUGCAUUACUGCGACUUGCUCUCGGAGACCUCCACCAAACAACUAACGCCCCCAGAUCGUCCGAUUUGUGCCACUAUUUGGAGGGUGGUUAUAUUGCAAUCGUUGAUCUCUGUGGAUGGAACAUGCUUCGAGGGCAGUGAAGAUGAAGAUCUAUCGAUCGAGUUCCUCCAGUCGGACUUUAAAGUGGACGAGAAUAACGAUUUCAUAUUGCAUCCUAAAGUUCUAGUGGGCUGCAUGCGAAUCGAUACAGUCUUCAAGGCGGAAAAAGUGCCCAAGUUGCAGUUGUUGCUCUGCUGCCAGGAUAUCGAGUUGAACUUCCUGAACCAGCCGGAUAACUCCGGAGAGCUCCCACAUCAGCUAAAUAAGUACAACCUUAAGCAGACCACCAAUAUCAGCCAGACAUUUCUUACUGUGCAUGUGGAGGACCUACAGAUGCACUCGACCAUUAUCAAGGAAAGAUUUAGUCUGCAGGCAGAGUUGCGCACCCGAGUAAAGUGCUUGGAUUAUGGAUUCCUAAACAUGCGAGUUCUAGAGCCCAUGAAAUUCACAAGCUAUGUAAGUUAACCGACUGUCCCGCCCUCUGGUGCAAGCUAAUUUCUGGUGGAUAAGCUAAGGCUCAACUGCGGACCCUAUCUGAUCCAUACUUUGCUGAGUUCCAAGUACCACUGGCAGGAGGUGCUGCAGCAGAAAGAGCUGCGACACGCCUUAAUGCCCAAAUGCGUUAUAGUUAACCGCAUACAGGCACCCAUUAGCUUUGGACAAACCGGCACAGUGGAGAAAAUCCCGGUGGCUCCUGGCGAAAUGCAGCUCUAUCACUUCCGAAGCUUCCAUGCACAGGAACUUACUUUCUUCAUAACAAAUCCCGAAACCCGUCUGGUGGAGACCAGUGAUUCCGUACACAUAGCACUAAAGUUCGAGGACGAGCAUAAGAUUCAUCAUUUGCGAGUGGGAGAAUACUGUAUAACCCUCAAGUUGGGAAAACUUUCCGCCACUCAGAUAUAUAUUUUGGUUAAGGGGCAAAUCGAGUUGAUUAGCAUGGUGCCAUUUAAUUUGAUCACAGAGUUUAGAGAGGAGGCAAUGAGCUACGAAGAAAACAACCCACCGGAGCAUUUAAUACUGUCCAAAGAAAGAUCAUCGUACUACCAGAAUGUGAAGCGCAAUGCAGACAUCAACAUGCGGCUUAAGUUGACCGCUGGACUUGGAAGGGGUCGCACUGGCGAUAUCCCACUAAAGACCAACAAUAACUUGCCUUGGCUGGUAAAGGUGCCUACGCAAUCUGCGCAGCAGUUCAUCAGCAUUUGGGUGCGCAUCUUGCGCGAGGACAUUGUGAUGGAGAAGGCGGCUGAGGACUUUCAACCUCAGAAGAUACUGGUCUGCAUUUGGCCGAUCUUUGAGAUAUGCAACAUGCUCAGCUGCGAGGUCCAGGCGACUGAAAGUACCAGCGGAGAGAGCUCCAUUCUUGAUGCCAAGGGAGGUAGAUGGGCUCUAAACACUGCCACCACCCAUGCUACAGAGCACAACGUUGCAUUCACUUUCUCGGGUGUCUUACGAGGUUCCUCCAAAGAUGAAUAUUCGCUCAUGUUGAGGACAAUGGACUGGCACAAGUUUUAUUACGAUCCUAACAUUUGGACCAUUGAAAAUGCGCUGCACAAGCUGGGCAAGUCAGCGAAGCCCAAGUGGCCACUGAAUGAUCCGGAAGAAUUACGCGUUAGUCGCGUAUUGGAUUUUAAAAAUUCAUUUGAUGUAAGGUACCGGACAAACGCGACGAGGGAGUUUUCGUGCUCUCAGGGAUUAGAGGUGUCUGCCUGGGGAAUGUUUAUCAAUGGAACCGGCUUGGACGUGAGCAUUUUUAUGAUCAACCAGCAGGCACGCAUCGAACUCAAGGCAAACAGUUUGGAAAUGAUGCCAAAGCUGAUGAGUGCUUUCACAAUUGACGUGCCCUGCGAUAGUGGAUGGAUCGCCUCAACUCCGAUUUGCUUGGAGGAUUUUACGCAAAAAACGGUCAACAACGCCGGGCGAUCGAUGUAUUUGCGGUUCAAUUCAUUUGUGGAUAUAGUUAUAGUAGAGCGGGACGAGGUGAUGCGUCUGAUACUGGAAUAUAAGAAGGAAGACGACGGUCGCCGAGUCUUCAAACUGCGAUCAAAGUUCGUGUUGACCAACUUUACAGAUGUGGUUCUGAAUGUCCUACCUCUAGCCAUGGAUCACAAGGAGACAUCCACGCGAGAUGAAGUGGAAGCAUAUUCAAGUGCCAAAAGCGCGCGUAGUCUUAUUUCUGCGGAUUCCAACAAGAACUGCAUUGGUAAUGCAAUGGACGUUUUCUACGAUCUCAACGCCCACAAAGCUAAGCACAACUGUGAUACAGCAUUCGUCUAUUUUGUGUGCUUCAGUGUCGGUGGUAAUCGGGAGAUCUCUAUACCCAUUCCCUUGGCCAUACCCUUCACCAGACGCUGCUUCAGUUUGCAGGCGGGCCACGAGUCCAUUCCAUUGAUGAUCACCCUGAUAGAAAAGGACAAUGUUCACUAUUUGGGCGUAUUCCGGGACACGUCACCUGCUAUUGUCAUAAGCAACAAUACGAAUGUCAAGUUUAUUGUGGCCCAAACGAGUGCUUCGGAAAACAGCAAUGUGAGCUGCACGAAUUCAGAGUUCGUGGGCAGGCACUUUGAGUGGAAUCAGUUGGUCCUGCCUCAAAGCAAAUGCUAUUAUACCCCACCGCAGAUGUACGCCAAUUUUCCAGAUGUGGAAUUCACAAUGUGCAAUUUAUCCUUGGCUGUUUAUAAAGAUAAGCCCUGUGCCAAAAACAAGAUCGCCUGGUCAAAGCCCGUUCGGACUGACAAGUCAUGGCAGAAAUUCCUGCAUGUUCCCCACCACGGUGAUGUGAAGGUGGUUGUCUGCGACAAACAUCGAGCUAUUCGCCUCAACAUCUACUAUAUAGCUCAGCAGCUGGAGUUUUCGGUAAAGGACUUGAGAUCCCGCUUAAAAAAGCCUGAGAACGCUAUGAUUCCAUUACAAGAGCAGGGACUUUCAGAAUCAGAUGAGAACUUUGGGCAAGAUAAGGACUCAUUUAAAGAUCCUUUGCCGGAUAUGGUGGCGUGUGCCCACUUCAGCGAGGAGUGCGAAACCAAAAGACAGACGAGAAUCAAAAUCUUCAUCAAGAGCUUUGUGUUCAGCCUACAGACGGACAACCGAGAAAGUGAUUAUUUGAAGACGGAGGUGUGCAAUAUCUAUGCCGAUGACUCUAUGCUAAUCUACGACGACGACGAUGAUCAGCGGGAACUGAACUUGCAAUUGCCAAACCUUCAAGUGGAUAACCAGUUGUACUCGAGUGGGAAAUACGAUUUUCCGGUGCUGCUCUGUGCAGAGAAACUGUAUAGACGUAACUGCAGUUUGCCGCAGGUGUACGACUUGGACUGUGUAUACAAGCAGCAGGCACAGCGCUCUCCCGUCUCGCUAUUCACAUUUGUGUUCUACCAAGAUGAAAUGCAGCUGCAGAAUGUUCGAUGCCAGAUACCCGCCUUCCGGGUGUAUAUCGAAGAUGCCUAUCUGAAUCAGCUGCUGGAAGCACUGGUAGAGUGUGAACCGUCCCAUUGUGUAUAUAGUCCGCCCGUGGAACAAGAUAAAAUCCUUCUGCCUGCUGGAACGACCCUUCUGCCCGACCAAGUUGUGGCCCAGUCCCUGUACAUAUCGGAACCCUUGCGUCUUAACAGUUUUACGGUGGAGCCCCUGAGUCUACUGCUAUCCGUCCAUACAUCCUCGAGGCUCUACAUAGCUUUAGAUCACUCUCCGCUCUCCUUUUCCCGCUACGAGCGGCAACAAAUCCUUACUGUGCCCCUCCGCUUCGGACAAUCGCUGGGACUCCAUUAUCUCAGUGGAGCUAUUUUCGGAGCCGGCUGGGUCGUUGGUUCCCUGGAGAUCUUGGGAAGUCCCAGUGGGCUGGCGCGCUCCUUUAGCACUGGUCUUCGGGACUUUGUCUCCAUGCCCGUUCAGGGUCUCUUCCGCGGACCUUGGGGCUUCCUGGUGGGAGUGACCCAAGGUUCUGCCUCGCUGCUGCGCAAUGUGACUGCGGGAACCGUCAACUCCGUGACCAAACUGGCUGGUUCAGUGGCCCGGAAUCUGGACAGGCUGACCCUGGAUGCGGAGCACAUCGAACUGACCGAGGCCAGGCGCAGAGCUCGACCCCAGGGCUUCGCCGAUGGACUGACCCAAGGUCUGACUGGAUUGGGCAUUAGUUUGCUCGGCGCUGUCGGCGGAUUGGCCCAUCACACCCUGGAGGCGACGAGUUCUGUUGGUGUCAUCGCUGGCCUGACCAAGGGCAUUGUGGGAGCCCUGACGAAACCCAUCAGUGGAGCAGCUGAAAUGCUAGCCCUCACGGGACAGGGCGUCCUGCAUACGGUGGGCUUCAAUGCCAUGCCCCAGCAGGUUGAGCCCAGCUUCACGCGAAACGUCGCCCUGCAUGGAAGUUCCCAUCGCAUUUGGAGCUAUCUGCCCGAGGAGUUGAGUCACGAUCAGAUGCUGUUCUUCUGUGAAAUCACCCUGCUGGUCGGCACGCAGCUGCGGCCAGCUUUACUGUUCCUAACCUCGUCAGUAUUGGCCAUCAUGCAGUCGGACAGCGAGGACCUGGCCUUCGCUUCCCCCGUUUCCAAGGUGGAUGUGGUGGCGGACCGCGAGGAUCCCUCCAAACUGUACUUGAGCCUGAAAUCAGAGAUGAGGGAUGAUCUAGAGGGGCAGCUCAACUAUACCAAUGAACGCAUCAUGAAGUUCCUGAACGCCUCGCGACUCCAAAGCAUCGCCAACGAUUCGCUAAACGAUCUGCUCCAGCUGCAUGAACUGGAUGUCGACGACCGCAUCCAGCGGCAAUCGCAGUGCAUCUUCUACAUAAAGCCCAAUAUAGGCGAACACCUCAUCCACUAUCUAAAGGUCAUUAGUCGGAUACAACACUGAAGAUACAUAUGCAUCUGUGCGUACGUUUUCGGAUUAGUCUAAAGUAUUCCUAGAAUCCUGUGUAUUUUAUGCCAAAAAUCAAAAGACAUUUUUUGUUACAUUUUUGCAAUAAAAAUUAAAAAU